CCUCUGGGCCAGUCGGCGAGCAGAGACCAAGAAGAUGGCUGCCGUGCACGGUGGUAGUGUCGCUAUUGUGUAGAGCGUCCUAAGGCUUUUGGCAGCUUCUGCCGUGGGCAGCGUCUACCGCGAGUACGACAUCGCGGCUGCUGCCCUACCGUCGGGAAGUGCGACUCGACGCGUCCUCGUAGCCGGGAAGUGCGACGAGCCGUGCGAUCGACAGCGGAACGGGAGAGGCAGGAGGUGGGGAAGGAGGAGGAGGAGGAGGAGCAGGCGGCGGCGGAGGAGGCGGAGGAGGACAACGACGGCAACGAGGACGGACACGAGGACGACCGCCGAGGGCCGCCGACGACACGAAGAUGCCGAGCGCGUCGUUUUCGUCGUCUACGCGCGGCUACCUGCGGAGGUCGCGUCGAAAAAACGGGAGGAACGGGAGUCUCGUGCUGAGAACGGCCGAGCUAGUCGAAUUGCCGUGCAAUCAGCUUAUUCCAGUAACUGGCGGUGGAGUCGGCGUAAGUACUGGAGGACGAGGCUCGUCCCCUAGUGUAUCCGGAGUGGCUGCUCCCUCACCGUCACCCCAAUCGCACUCGUCGCCGUACGAUCUGAGACGCAAAAGUCCACCGCAUCCCGAUCCGGCGCCCGGCACGAGUUCCGCCCUUCCUCCAUCGGGUGGCAUCGCCGCUACCUUCGGUUCGUCGUCUCUACCGGCAAGGAAACGACCGAGACGAACGUGUUCGUUGUCAACAGAUGGUAUAAACACAAACACGGCGGCGCAUUACCUCCAGUAUGAGCUCCCGGACGAAGUCCUGCUCACAAUAUUCAAUUAUCUUAUGGAACAAGAUCUUUGCCGUGUCUCACAAGUUUGCAAGCGUUUCCAAGUGAUCGCGAAUGACACGGAACUGUGGAAGUCGCUGUACCAACAGGUCUACGAAUACGACCUGCCGCUGUUCAAUCCAGCGCCAUGUAAAUUCGAAUUUGUCUCGCCGGACGAGUCGGAGUAUCAAAAUCCAUGGAAGGAGAGUUUCAGGCAGCUAUACAGAGGCGUGCACGUGCGGCCUGGCUUUCAGGACUUAAAGUUUAAAGGCCGCAAUUUGCCGUACUUUAACACGGUUCAGGGUGCAUUGGACUACGUCGACGAGUAUAGAAGCAACAAUGGCGCCUCGGCAAACAGCGGCGCUACUGCCGCGGGCGGUCAGGGCUGUUGUAACAGCAAUUCACAAACGAGCGGGGAAGACACUUCAACGCAACACUUAGUUUUUCUACAUGCUGGUACAUAUAGAGGCGAAUUUCUUGUGAUUGAUAGUGAUGUAGCGUUAAUUGGUGCUGCACCGGGAAAUGUCGCAGAAUCUGUCAUUCUGGAACGCGAGAGCGAGUCGACGGUUAUGUUUGUGGAAGGUGCAAAACGUGCUUAUGCAGGGCAUCUCACGUUGAAGUUUACGCCCGACGUCACGAGCACGGUGCCUCAUCAUAAGCACUAUUGUUUAGAGGUUGGUGAAAAUUGCAGUCCCACCGUUGACCACUGCAUCAUCAGAAGCUCAAGUGUCGUCGGUGCAGCAGUCUGCGUGUCGGGCGUGGGUGCCAAUCCGUUAGUGAAGAAUUGCGAUAUAUCGGAUUGCGAGAAUGUUGGGUUAUAUGUAACCGACUACGCCCAGGGCACGUAUGAGGACAACGAGAUUUCGCGAAAUGCCCUCGCUGGCAUUUGGGUGAAAAAUUACGCGAAUCCUAUUAUGCGACGGAAUCAUAUCCAUCACGGUCGCGAUGUAGGAAUAUUUACGUUUGAUAAUGGGCUCGGUUAUUUCGAGGCUAACGAUAUUCACAACAAUCGGAUAGCAGGUUUCGAGGUGAAAGCCGGGGCUAAUCCUACCGUUGUUCACUGCGAGAUCCAUCACGGCCAGACCGGCGGCAUCUACGUACAUGAGAACGGUCUAGGCCAAUUUAUUGACAACAAGAUUCAUUCGAAUAACUUUGCUGGUGUAUGGAUUACAUCGAACUCUAACCCGACUAUACGUCGGAACGAAAUAUACAAUGGCCAUCAAGGUGGAGUGUACAUAUUCGGCGAAGGUAGAGGUUUGAUUGAGCAUAACAAUAUCUACGGCAAUGCACUAGCCGGUAUACAAAUCAGAACAAACUCGGAUCCGAUCGUCCGGCACAAUAAAAUACACCACGGUCAACACGGCGGCAUUUACGUGCAUGAAAAAGGUCAGGGUUUGAUAGAAGAGAACGAAGUGUAUGCCAAUACCUUAGCUGGCGUGUGGAUUACCACGGGUUCGACACCGGUUUUAAGGCGAAAUCGAAUUCACAGUGGUAAACAAGUCGGUGUAUAUUUUUAUGACAACGGUCAUGGAAAAUUGGAGGAUAAUGAUAUUUUCAAUCAUUUGUAUUCGGGAGUACAAAUAAGAACUGGCAGUAAUCCAGUAAUACGUGGUAAUAAAAUAUGGGGAGGACAAAAUGGUGGCGUUCUAGUAUAUAAUAGCGGCUUAGGCUUACUCGAACAAAAUGAGAUUUUUGACAACGCAAUGGCUGGCGUCUGGAUUAAGACAGACAGCAAUCCAACUCUUAAAAGGAACAAAAUAUAUGAUGGACGAGACGGUGGAAUUUGUAUAUUUAAUGGUGGCAAAGGUAUUUUGGAGGAGAACGACAUAUUUCGCAACGCACAAGCAGGCGUGCUUAUAUCAACACAGUCGCAGCCGAUCUUGAGGAGAAACCGGAUUUUUGAUGGUUUGGCAGCCGGCGUCGAAAUAACUAAUAACGCCACCGCUACCUUGGAAUUCAAUCAAAUAUUCAAUAAUCGAUUUGGCGGUCUGUGUCUGGCAAGCGGGGUGCAACCGACGAUUAGAGGCAAUAAAAUAUUUAAUAAUCAAGACGCGGUAGAGAAAGCGGUUGGAAAUGGCCAAUGUUUAUACAAAAUCUCUUCAUACACUUCCUUCCCUAUGCACGACUUCUACCGUUGUCAAACGUGCAACACAACGGAUCGGAACGCGAUAUGCGUUAAUUGUAUAAAAACUUGUCAUGCCGGCCACGACGUGGAAUUUAUCAGACACGAUCGAUUCUUUUGCGAUUGUGGUGCCGGAACGUUGAGCAAUCAGUGUCAGCUGCAGGGUGAGCCUACGCAAGAUACGGAUACGUUGUACGAUAGUGCGGCGCCCAUGGAAUCGCAUACACUUAUGGUCAACUAGGAACUAACCUAAAAUAAUUUAAACAAUCAAACGAUGUUUAGAGCCGUAAGUCCAGUAAUAAUGCGAUCACACGCAGUAUAUCUAUUGCCGAAUUCUUUAUGAUACUUGCCUUAUUGUCAAUAUAUCAUAAUUGUUAUUCUUUAAAGAAUUUUAUUUAUUACGAUAAUUUAAUUUUUAUUGUUAAUAUGUGAAAUAUUAUUGAAUAAUAUAAGUCACAUAACCAAUAUGUGUUGGUAUUAUAAUAUUGCUGUCACUUAUUUUCUUUAUCAAAAUUGCCAUCUUUGUUUUUCAUAUAUAACUUUUACAAUAAUUUAUUCCAUUUUCAUAUUGCAUGAUAUGCGAGGAUAAUAUAAUAUUUUUAUUAAUAUAAAUAAUUUACUAAUUUAUAUAUCUCUUGAGAUCAUCUGAUUGGAUUGGCUAUUUUUUUUAAAAUCUAUUAAAAUGAUGAGAUGAUAAUUGAAGAAAAAACCUAUAUUAGUUUUAUUGUAUUUAUCUUUAAUUAAUUCUUGUUAAGAAUUAAAAAAAAGAUUGUUUCUGUGGUCAAGGAUAAUAAAGAACUCGGCAAUCGAAUCGCCAAGAAGGCGAUAAUAAUAAAAUAACAAAGAAAGCCCUCAUAUGUGUAAAACAUACAGUAUCAUAUUAGGUAUAUCAAAUUAAUUUAAAUGUGUAAACGAGGGAAAACGCUAGGCUAAUCGUAAAUCGAACUUUUCACGUGACCCUUUUUAUUGAGAUUCUAUUAUCCUUAAAAUCAUAUAACAAAAGAGUGCAGUGCUGUAAAAACAAAAGGGAAAGGGAAGAGAAACGUGUAUACGCCAUAAUGACAUUCAAUGCCUCGUAAUAUAUUCUAAUGAACUGCUUAAAACUCUAACACGGAAAUCGCGAUAACGUAGAUAAGACGAAUGUGUAAAUUCGUAUAGUGUGAAACAAUGCAUUCGGAAUGUAAAUUGUGUAUAUCGAACGCGAAGCAGUAGUAAUGCUGAAAACGGAUAACGCAGUCGUGUUGUCUACUUUGCAGUAGCAUCAAUCCACAAUGAACAUAAAGCAUAUAGAUAAAAUUUGCACUUGACAAGUAAUAAAAGGAGACUUAAUCCAGUGUAUAAGAAGGAACGCGAACAGUGCAUGUGUCGAGUACCGCACUCGGAAUUGCAAAACUGAAAAUUUUAACUCAUCUCACGCAAAAAACAAACAAGGGACUGUAAUCCAACGGGUCACACGGAACGAUCGUUUACGUAUCAAGUGCAACUUUGUUGAUGAACGAUCUGUCGAAUCUAUGCGGUACAAAUCUCGGAUGGUAAAACGAAACGAAGGACGACAAGGCCGGGAAACACUCUACGAAGAUCUGCAAGACACCGGAACAAAUGUCUAAAAUAUGUGAUAUACAAAACUCACACAGGUGGAAUAAUCAAAAUAAAAAUUAACGUGCUGCUAAUUUUUCGACGUAAACAUACCUCGUAAUUAACGCGUAACGAUUCCAUUAAUCGCGAAAUGGUGAAUUAUGUGAUGAUGGUCCUAAGUUGCCCCCACACGGGCAAAGUGCAUAAUAAGAACGAGAUAAAAACUAUUUAAAAUCACAAAAGGAAACGAGUGGGAAAAGAAGAGUGCGUGCACGCUGGAAUGUACGACUGUGUAUACCAGUGAAAUAAAAAAAGAAAGAAACGAAAACGGAAGCACAGUUAAGCGUUCGAAAUAGAAGAUGUACUGUCUGAGGAACAGUUUUUAAAAAGUAAUCUCGAAUUUUUCAGAGUAAUCAGAUUUUUUUAAUUAUUACGUUAGUGAGUAAAAGAAGUCUAAUUACCUUAUUGUAACAUGUAAUUUUUCUGGGAGCGACGCGCGCUCCCGUGCGAGAAAAGGAAGCGCCUAUUAGCGAUAUAAUUUUAGACCGAAAUCAUUUUUAUUUACGCAAAAUGGUAUACAUAUAUAGAUAAGUAGAGAGGAGCGGACUGUCGUAAGGUAUCAUUAUUGUGAAUUUUGUUCGGAAUUUAACAACGUAAUUUGUUAUUCUAUGUGUAUAUUCUGUGGUAUUUUUUUGUAUGUCAUACGGCAAGGAGGCGUAUGAAAAUUGCCUUUCAGUUUACCGACUCAGGAGGAUAAUAUAUAGAUGCAUAUAUAUACAUAUACAUACACAUACAUGUAUAUGUGUCUAUAUACGUAUAUAAAUAUAAAUAUAUAGAAAUGAUGUAUAGCUCAGACGAAACAGACUUACUUGUUGAGCAAAAGAUCCGGCUUUAUUUUCCGGACAGUUAUCCUAAAUAUAUGAUAAGAAUUUUUUGAGUGAAAAAAAUCUCUAGUAUAUAUAUGUACGUACGUACAUUAAGAGAAAUAUUUGGUGAAAUUAACCAGACACGAUAAAUCACCAUACGAUUUAGUAAGCUGAAUCUGAAUUCUAAUGAGAUUGUCCAGAUUCUGGAUAAUCGUAUAAUCAGAAGUCUAGUUAAUCUCACCAAAUAUUUCUCUCAGUAUAUGGAUAUAUAUCAGUAUAUAUAUCAGAGAUAUUUUAUGUACAUUCAGUUACCUUGAGAUUGAAUUUAUCUUUCACAGAUUUGUUUUGUUUGUAUCAAAGAUAUGUGUACAUACAUUCAUAUGCAUAUACAUAUAUAUAUUUAUGUACACAUAUGAAUAUGUACUCGUAUAUUCAUAUACACAAACAUAUAUAUGAUAUGUAUGUAUAUAUCUACAAAUAGUACUGAAUGGAAGAAGAGUGAAAGGCAUUUUUCACGCAGCGUGUCGCAUUAAACUUUAAAGAAGGGAAAAAAGUGAGAUAUGUAUAUCGAGUCUUUGGGUUCUUGAGUGAUAUAUUGUAUGAUCUGUUGUUUUGUUUAAUAAUUGUUCAUUUGAUGAAAGUUCGUGGAUUCCUUUCUGUUCGAAGCGGAGAAACUGCAGAAGAAUACGGUGAUGCAACGGGAGACACAGAUUAUGCGAUUAAAUUACAUUAUGAAUAUUGCAAUUGUAAUACGUGCCGGACGCGCGCUUACAAAUGGUUUCUGUUUUUUCUUUCUUUUGUGAUGGAAUUAUUAUCGAUCAGAGUUUACGUCGCUCUCUAAAUUGGACGUGUGAUCGUAGAAAUUUAUUUAUCAAAUUAUUUAUCGGAUUGUAUAAAUUAUUGAUUGAAUUUGAACACUGGAUGUUCUGCGUUAUUCUUGGAUCAAAUUAUUUUAUUAUGUGUACAUGAUAUAUGUUGCAGAGGUGUAUGUGAAUGUAAAUACAUUUUUUCUUUAUUUUCUUUUUUUUUGUAUUGGAUCGAGACGGAAAGAGAAUCGCGUGCACACGCGCGUCCGCAUUCAUCUCUUUUCCGAGGAAGAAUAAAACGAAACCCUCGGAGGUAUAAAUUUAUCAUCGUCCGUGCGGAGCCGUUUUUCCCCCCGAAUACGCGAGGGGAGCAUUUUUCUGCGAUUUCUACCCUCUCACAUACAACGAGAGAAAGAACUUCUCCGUCACAACGAAACUGUCACUACUGCUAUUCAUACAGCGAUUCAACGAGACUUGUCUAAAUCUGCCGAUGUUAAAGUUGGAUAUUGUACAAAAUUUUUCUAUUAACAGACAAUUAUAGUUUUGUUUGUAACUACGGCAAGAUGAUCCGUGAUACGACUUCUGCGAAAUACUUAUCACCUCCAGAAAUAUUGGACUGAAAAGAUGCUGUUGACGCAGAAAAAGUGCCUCGAGAAUGUGCUAAUUAUUCCGUAAUUCUGUAAUUAAAAAGACAAAAUCGCAGAAGGCUAUUUUUAACGGGCAUUGACGUCUUCUCAGUAAGUGUCUUUUUGCUGUCCAUAAUGUAACAACCAACGAAACUCUCAACGGCGACAGUGACAAAUUCGGCCGUGUCGGUGAAUUCUUUUUCUCCGUACAGUUUCCCAAGUAUGUAUGUUGAGUAAUGUUUCGAACACAUUGUUUUUGCGCAGCAGCCGUGUAUAUAUGUAUGUACGUUGUAGGACGAGGCAGUAACCAAGCGGCGAACGAUUCGUGGACUCGUAUAAUAACUUCCCGACUGCUUCCACACUCCGCCUGCUCGAGCGUACGCGUUUUACGGCUUACACACCCUCGUGACCUAAAACUCCAAAAAAAGGGGGAAAAACGAGGAAAGAGGGAACGAAGGAACAUGUACACAUACACACGCACUAGAUGCGAGAGAUAGAUAAAAAUAGGUUUGCACAAAGAACUCCCCCCCCCCACCCACACAUACACACACACACACACACACACACACACACCAUACACAUGGUGAGUCGAGACUUUCAUAUUCGGCUGCGGCACGAUUCCAGUGUUUCUCUGUUUCUAGUUGUUGAAUGUAUUAGAGAUAAGAUUCGAUCACAGAGCAAUAGCAAAACCCCACCCUCCCCCCCUUCUCCGUCCUUCCAGUUGUGUUUGUCAUUUUUACAGUUCCGCGUGUAAGAUCGGCUGACGCUAAAUAGAGCUUUAUCGCACGUUUCCCACCAAAGUGACGAUUUUACGAUAUGUUUGCAAAAUCUCGAGAGUGAGAAGAGUGCGAGUAUCUCGUAAUAGAAAACAAGAGGACAAAAAAGACGCAGUGAAAAACUGUUCGACGUCGUAACGAGAGCGAAUUUUAGGCGUGAGGCAAAAGCGACAAAAAUUCGAAACAACAUAGCAAUUACGUUGAUUGUGCGCACCGGAUUGUCGAGCUAAUCGGCUUAGUUGCGAGCAAUGAGCGCGUUUCGCAUAAAGUCUCGAACUCGGAAAUGCAUGUAUGGUAAACGCGUCAAUUGUUCGGACGCCGAUUAUCCUGAACACCGAUUCUCCUGGACGAUUGAUAUUCAUAAAAAAAACAUACAAGAAAAAUUUUUUACUUUAUAUUUCAUUGAAAUAUUUUAUUUUUUACGAUUUUUAUAUUUGUAUGAAAUAUUUAUUGUGUGAAUUUACAUGAAUAUUUUUAUAUUUAUAUCAUGAUAUAUUAUUUUUUGCUUUUAUAUCUUGUUUAUGCUUUUCUAUAUGUGAAAAUUUCGCACAGUAAUCGAUAACGGAUAUGUUAUGUAGGUCUCCCCUCUCUCUCUCAUUUUAUAUCUGGAUAAUCGGCGUCUCGUCGCGCGUAUAUACAGGGUGCCUAACUCGAAUAAU